AUGGAAGCCAUCCGCCUCCACCCCGCUCCACCCACCAGCCCCAACCCCUACUCCCCCACCAACCCAGCCCCCGCAACCGCCCUCCACCUAGACGCCCAAAUCCCCAUCCCCAAACCCUCUCGCCCCGGCGAGCUCCUCAUCCGCGUCCACGCCACCACCAUAGUCCGGGACAUGCUCGCCUGGCCCGAGACCUACCACCACGACUACGCCAUCCCCGGCAACGACCUCGCCGGCACCGUCAUAGAAGUCUUCGACAACGACAGUAGCAGCAGCAGCCGCGCAUUCCACCCCGGCGACGAAGUCCUAGGCAUGACGCAUGCCGACCGCGCCGCCACCUGGGCGGAAUACACCGUCGCGACAGCCGAAGAAGUGACCGGCAAGCCCGCCGCGCUGAGCUGGGCGGCCGCGGCGGGGUUGCCGCUGAGCGCGCUGACGGCGUACGAGGCGCUGUUCGUGCAUGCCGGGGUUGUUGCGCGGCCGUCCAUCGAGGAUGCCGUCAGAAAUGCCACACGCAAGAAGCUGAGAUUCUCAUCCCAUCCCCGAUCUGCCUCAUGUGGUGGUGAGCUGGAUGCUCCGCAUGCGCCGCAAGCUCCGCAGGCUCCGCAAGUCAGGAUCCUAGUAACAGGCGCCGCCGGCGCCGUGGGGAUUCAUCUGGUGCAGCUUGCGUCCGCUGUGGCGGGGGCGCACGUCGUCGCUGCGACGAGCUCGGACGCCCGGAAUAGGGAGUUCCUGCGUGGGCUGGGGGCGGAUGAGACGGUUGAGUAUGCAGAUCUAGAAGCAAUGACACAGCAGCGGCAGGCGGGGUUUGAUGUCGUGGUUGAUGCGGUGGGCGGGGAGGUGUUGGCGCGGUGCUGGGGGUAUGUGAAGGCGGGUGGGGCGCUGAUUUCGGUGGAUUCGAGCAGCUUUGACUUUGUGGAACGGCAUAGGGAGCGUGGGAUUGGGAGAGAGGAUGUUCGCGCGCUGUUCUUUGUUGUCCAAGGGGGUGGGGAGGAGUUGCGCUGGUUGGCGGGGUUGGCGGGCGCCGGGGCGUUGGUGUCGUUGGUGAAUCGGACGUUUCCGUUUGAGAGGGUGAGGGAGGCUUAUGAGUUUGCUAAUGGAAGGUAUGAGGGGAGAGGGAAGGUGGUUCUUGUUCGGUAGGAUGGUGGUUAGCCUAUGGAGGGUUUCUUUGCUGGAUGGCGGGCGUGGGUGAGGGCUGGAGAUGAUGGUCAGUCUGGCUUGGAGCUUAUGGGUGUAUCUCUAGGAGGCUAUCAUAACCUCUAAUGGAGUGUAGC